UCUGAUCUACUCUGCGCUCUGCUUGCUCAGUUUUUUUCUGCUGCUGCUGCUGUUGUGAUGCCACCGUUUGUUUGCUGUUGUUGCUAUUGCUGUUGCUGCUGCUUCCACAUCUGACGACGACGACGACGACGACUCCCCCAAACUUCAGUUUCAAUUGCCGUACGCGACGCGACGCAUUCAGUCUUCGUUUUAGUGCGUUACGUAGUGCAACAAAGUGACGCGUCCAAUUUACACAAUUCUCAGACUUAAAGCUAAAGUUUUGUUGACUUGAAGAUGCAGCUCAAGAUGAAGAAGAAGCUGAGGCUUGGAGAGGACAAAACUGUGGCAAAUUGGCCUCGUUAAGCAAAGACUUGUCUAGUUGCUGUCGUGGCUGCUGCUGCUCAUCAACAUAGUCAUCGUAAUCAUCAACAACAUCAACUGCCGUCAGGUGUCAAGUGCUGAGCAUGUGUGUCAAUUAAAAUGUCUCAGCUCAGUGAGUUGCGUGCGUGACUGUGUUUAAUUUUCACACACAGACAACAUGGCGUAUGUGCAACGUGCUCAACAACACAGACAAAAACCAAAAACCAAAAACAAAAAAAUCCAAAAAUAGAAAACGAAAACGUUAAAAAAGCAAACAACUUAAAUCAACAACAAAAUGCACACAAUGAAAACCAAAUAAUGCGAUAUCGCAAAAGCAGCAACCAAACUGACCAAGCAAAAAUGUCCAAAUCGAAACGAAUGUUCAAAAUCAAUAAAAUGAUUAACACAAGUGUAAAAUGCCAAAAACUGUCGAGAACUGAAAUUGCAAUGCUUUUUUUUUUUGAGCUGAGCAGAAUGAAAAGCGUCACUGGCAAAAGAUCAAGCCAAGGCAAUCCAGUUGCCAGGAAGGACCGCAACUAAAUCCAAAUGUAACUCGUCCUAAUUGCAUUACAAGCCAAGCAAGCAGAAAGACAAGCAAAAUCCAGAUAAAAUGCAUACAACAAGCUAAAUACUAAAAUUCCAGCAUAGCACUUCUCUGUAAAUUUGUUGUUAAAAUAAAAUAUGUUACGAUAAAAUAAUUGAAUCACUCAGUUAAAUAGUCAACUUUCGUUUUGUAUUUCUAUUUAUUUUUUCAAUAAACAAAAAUUCCCUUUACUGCGCAAUUUAGAAUGUGCUCGAUGAAGCUCUAUGAAAUUCCACAGCUUUAUUAAUUUGCUGCACAUGUUGAAUUUCUUUUCAAAUUUGGAAUUCGUAACAAGUCUAAUAAUUUACAUUUUGUUGCCUAAACGUUUUGCAAACACAAAUGGCUUUUAUACAAAAAUUUAGAUGGAAAAACCAAAAAAAUAAAUGUAAAAUGUUUCAAAUUUACAGCUUUUUGCAACGAGAAGCAACUCAUGCAUAUUAGACAACAAAUAAAUACAGGAGGAGAUGACGACAACAAAAUGUAAGCGCAGACCAGGUCAAAACUUGAGGUCAGAACAGAACAAAGCCGGCUGUCAAAAGAUUUCGAGAAAAACAAGACACACACACACGAACAACAAACAGGCUAAUAAGCCUUGGCCAAGACAAGGGGGCAAAACGGGCUGACAACUGUC